AUGGCGACAUCCUCUGCUCUUCUGCGUAUGUUGGCUGCUCUGGGAGUCGCAGUGGCCGCUGAGCCGGCAGUUUCGGGGCUAGAGGCCGGCAAGGUCGUCAACUCCACGUUGCGUGGCAGUGAGCCUCGUCAUUUGGCCUCCUGCGGCGUGGCAGGAAGAGUCGACUGUGGCGUCUGCAAAUGCACCGACCCGGUCGCCUGCUCCUGGUGCGAUGGCAACGGGGGCCCUGCGCGCAUCACCGGCGGCUCAGGUGGCAGCCCUGCGCCGGCAAACUCAGGCUACAGCAGCGGCAACUGGUGCCCAUCAAACUUGGUCAGCUGCGGCGUUUGCACAUGCACCACCAGGAGCGCGUGCCAGUACUGCGACGGCUACGGCGGUCCUGCGAGGAUCACCAGCGCAAGCCACCGAGGCUCAGCGUUCUUCGCCGCUCUUCUGACACUUCCGCUGGUAUGGCAGUAG